UACGUCAGCGUAGCUAGUCUCCCUACUGUAAAUCGAUCAUGGUGAUAGUGAAGAAGAACACGAGCGCCCUGUGCUGCUUCGUGGCCACACUCAUGGUGGUCAUGGCUGCCACCCUUCUUCUCUCCUCGUGCGACGCCCGCAAACAGAUGGUUGAGCCCCGUGCUUUUCCCCUGCCGGCUUCGUGCUACUCCAAACACUUCCCGAACUGCACGGACGAGCGGUGCAAGAAGUUCUGCGGCAGUGACGACAUGCCACCGGUCUCUGCGGCCUUCUGCAAUGACGGCAAUAACUGUUGUUGUCCCGUUAUCUAGGAGGAAAUGGAGAUGUCAAUAAUAUAAGCAAGAGAUCAGACUCUUCCUAAAAUCUUUGUAAACCAGCUUUUUCG